AGCGGGCGCCCGCGGCGAAGAUGGCAGAGGAGCGGUGCUGAGCUCCGCGCCGCCGCUACCCCCCCCCCCUCCUCCCGCACUUGUUGGCCGCCUGCGCCGGGGGAGGGCGGUUAUCCCUGCCUGCCCGCGUUCCGUUAAGGGAGGGCAGCGCCGGCGUGUGGGAUGGUGCGGGCAUGGCGGGGCAGCCGGCGGCCGCGGCGCUGCUGAGGCGGGGGGCGGCUGGUCCCGGCCCCGGCGGCGGUAACAGCAGCAGCAGCAGCAGCCAGCGGGGGCUGCCUCCUUCUCCCGCCCGCCCGGCGGCCGCCUCCCCCCACCCCGGCCGGCGCUGAGGGAAGGAGGGAGCGCCGCGCCGUGCCGUGCCGUACCGUGCCGCGCCGCCCGCCUCGCCUCGCCCCCCGCCGCCUCGCCGCCGCCAUGCUGCCCGGGGUGGGGGUGUUCGGCACCGGCCUGACGGCGCGGGUGAUCGUGCCGCUGCUGAAGGCGGAGGGCUUCGCCGUGAAGGCGCUGUGGGGCCGCACGCCCGAGGAGGCGGAGGAGCUGGCCAAGGAGAUGAGCGUCCCCUUCUACACCAGCCGCAUCGACGAGGUGCUGCUGCACCAGGACGUCGACUUGGUCUGCGUCAACUUGCCGCCGCCGCUCACCCGGCAGGUCGCCGUCAAGACCCUGGGCAUUGGAAAAAAUGUCAUCUGUGACCGAACAGCAACUCCCCUGGAUGCCUUUAGGAUGAUGACCGCAGCUCAUUAUUACCCAAAGCUCAUGAGCAUCAUGGGGAAUGUUUUGCGCUUCCUGCCCGCUUUUGUGAAGAUGAAGCAGCUGAUCCAGGAGGGUUACGUAGGGGAGCUGCUGGUGUGCGAGGUGCAGGUUCACAGCGGAAGCCUGCUAGGCAAAAAGUACAACUGGAGCUGCGAUGACCUGAUGGGAGGUGGGGGCUUGCACUCGGUUGGCACCUACAUCAUUGACCUCCUGACCUUCCUCACUAGCCAGAAGGCUGUGAAAGUGCACGGGUUGCUCAAGACCUUCGUGAAGCAGACAGACCACAUCAAGGGGAUACGGCAGAUCACCAGCGACGACUUCUGUACGUUUCAGAUGGUCCUGGAAGGUGGUGUGUGCUGCACGGUGACACUCAACUUCAACGUCCCGGGAGAGUUCAAACAAGACAUUAUUGUGGUGGGUUCGGCAGGACGGCUGAUUGUAAUAGGCACUGAUCUCUACGGACAGAGCAACAGCUCUUCUCAGCGGGAGCUCCUGCUAAAGGACUCCACGCCAGUCAGCAACUCCUUACUUCCAGAGAAGGCCUUCAGUGACAUCCCAUCUCCCUACCUCCGGGGCACCAUUAAGAUGGUUCAAGCUGUCCGGCAGGCAUUUGAGGACCAGGACGACAGGAGGACCUGGGACGGGAGGCCCCUUACGAUGGCUGCCACUUUUGACGACUGUCUGUAUGCCCUGUGUGUGGUGGACACCAUUAAAAAGUCAAACCAGUUGGGGGAGUGGCAGAACAUUUCAAUCAUGACUGAGGAGCCAGAAUUGAGCCCAGCAUACUUAAUCAGCGAAGCCAUGCGGAAGAGCAGGAUGUCUCUGUACUGUUAGCUCCUCUCAGCUCAUAGGAAAGAAUAGGAACCAGACAGCUCUUGAAGGAAGUGGUAAUUCAGCCCCUGUGAAGGGCUUGGGCAUCUUAGAAACAGCUGAGGAUACAGGAGAAGGAAAUACGGUGUUUGGAUCAACUAAAUCCGUUGGUGGCUAAAUGCCAAAGUGAUAAGGUCCUUAGAAAUGCCCAAAACAGAUAGGAGACUUAAGAGCUGACAUAACUGUUUUAAUAACAGUAUUAGCUGGCUGAUUGGAAAGAUAUAUCAUGGACUCAUCUCCUGCUUGCAGGUGCUUUAGAUUAUCCAAUUGUGUUUACUGUGAAAGGUUGGGAAGAUCCUUUUAGAUUUUCCUUACCUACCAGAGGGCUGUGAAGGUACUGUCAUGUCGUUAAAUUUUCUGUAGUGUCUGACAUGAAUGGUUCCUACCAUGACAGCUGACACCAUCAUGCUGUAGUACUAGACCUCUAACCAACACACAGAAUAAUAGGACUUGUUAUGAAAGUGGAACGUGAUAUGGAAAAUCUCGGCAGCUCACUUUUCAUAUAGCUUGUUAGGAGUUUCUCUGUGUUGGUUUAGCUAGUUGUUUUUUGUUUUGUUUUUUUUUUAAAGCACAAUUAAGUAGGAAAAUGUGUGGCUUUUAAAACAAAGCAGUCCUCAACCACAGUGCAUAUGCCCCGAUAUUGGGGGAGGGAGGGUCUUCUGUGAGCUCCCAGUAAGCUUCAGUGUUAACUGCACAGAUUUGCUGAUUAAAAUGGGUUGUGCAAAACCUUCAUGGAUGGCAAGUGGCAUGACACAGUAGUGAUUGUGGGUUUUAUUAUACAGCUGAACUCAGGCUAGUCUUAUGAAGGUUUACACACAAUUUCCUGUGUCUGGGACUGACUUUUGAGUGAAUUUUGUGCAUUUUGGUUUUAGGUGGAAAACGGUAGAAAUCCAACCCAAAACUGUAUAAUGCUUAGAUGGGUGGUGUUCUUUUUAAACCUUUGUGAACUCACACUUGAGAUGCACACCAACAGUUAAUUUCAUAUAGCUCAACCCAGAAGCUUUCACCUCCACCAAGUGGUGAGUGUGAGUGAAAAACAAAAGGGAUGAGGAAAUUUCCCAUCCAUUUCCAGGGAAAACAAUUACAUAAGACCCCCACCUCUCACCUCCUUAAAGUGGCCAGCUACUGGUACUGUAGUAAUCUUUCCCUGUCAUCAGUGCAGGGAUGGACAAACUUUUUUGAUAUGUUUGUCCUGUUCUUCUUUUUAAUAUUUUAGAUUGCAGUCUUGAAAUAAUAUAUUCUUUUGAGAAUAUAUUCUCGAAAGAAUAUAAUGAAAGGCAUAUGAAUUAUCCCUGUAAACAGGGAUACUGCUUUUCUGCAUAAAGCUGCUCCAGUGCUUAUGUGUUUACAGUGCUAGGUCCUCAGAUAGGGAAAACGUAGAACACAAGCAUAUAGGACUAAAUUAUAUUAAACUUGAGAAAAACCUUUUCAGGGUUUUUUGUUAAUUUUGACUAGGGGAAAGAAGAGAACAUUUAGAUAAGCAGUAAAUUAAAAGAGAGAAUAUGACCCUCUUUCUCAAGGCCAUCAUAUUAGUGUUGCCGUUUUAGGUUAGAAAGAGAACUGUCAGAAUAAUUUAGAUUUUUUAAAAAGCACUUACAGUUUUGCUAUUUUUAGGACCACUAAGGGCUUCUCUAGGGCUUCUCCUACAAAUGACUCUGUCUGAUUGCUGUAUGCUCCUGCCUGUCCUUUGCCCAGUUUCAGAGCUUCAUGUUUUUGAACACGAGAUCAAUAGUGUCGUUCAUUUCAUCUGACUUUAGCCAGCUGAAAGUUGGGUGUCUUGUCCUGAUCAGCUGUGCAAGGACACAGUAGUCAAUACAGAGAGAGCUCUCCAAAGGCUGACUUGGUUCAUUCUGAGAUUGAUAUAGAAGGAGGUGCCCAUUGGAAACUCAUGUCCUCCUCCUUUGCAGAGAAUCUUGGCUUCUAAAUUUUUAGGUGGCUGAAGUUAGGAAACUUGACUCCCACCCCAAAAUUAUUAAUGAGUGCUUAAUUUUUGAAGAGCGUAUGUGUGACUUUUCAUGAAAUAUUCCCCAAAGUGUAAUAGUGUGACUGAUGAAGGAAUAAUGUAAUACUGCAAAACCACACCCAAACAGAGAAUUGUUUCUAUGCAUGUUGUUCUGCUAGUUCUAGCAACUGUCUCUGGGGCUGACCACUGCUGCCAAGACCUUGGGCAAGCUUUCAUCGUUCCUUCUUGGAAGCAGCCCUUGACAAGCUUGGAUGUUUUUCCUAAAAAUUAGUUUCUCUGAGAAUUCCUGAGGUAGUAUCUGUGCCAACAGGAAUUUCCCAUUAUAAUUGUCGUGGUAUACCAUGCUAUCCCGUUCCUGCCCUGAAAAACACACAGAGAAAUGCAGAAGAGAGAAUUUGAUCAAGAAAUCAUAUCUCUCUCUCCCCUGAAAAAUGGAAUUAGGCCCAAGGGGAUCAAGAGGGUUUUCCUAUAGUAAGGCAAAAGCCAUUUAUUGAAAAUAGUGGCUAGUUCAAGUCAUGAAUGCAAGCCCAGUGGAUAAUUAACCAUGUCUAGUUAAACAUCAUCCAAAACUGGAACUAAACAUGGACCAAAAAGUUUGUGAGUCUUGCUUCUUAGUGGUUUGGCCAUUGUGCUGGAAUUGCUGUUCAUGUCUUUGCACCUCGUUUUGGUUCACAAAAGUUGACGGUUUUUUCCUAUCUGUAUUUUCUUUUUUUUCUGUGUCUUUCUGGGUUUUGUGAUGCCAGCUGCAAGAAGAUAUGCUGGAAUCCUGUUCCCUGCACCUGCAGUGAACAGUCCCCAGGCGAGACACAGUGUAUAGGGAUAGUACUACUGAGCUCAACCUUUCUGUCCCAGAUCCAAAGGUUUAGGUGACAGGCAUCAUCCAUCCUCCGUGCAGACUUACUGAUGCAGAUAGUGCUGCUUAGCAGAAAGAAAAUCUAAUGCUUUGGUUACGUAGCCGUCUGAUGCUAGUAUUAGUACUGGCUUGCAAAUGGGUUGAAUCCUGUACAGCUCAUUGUGUGACCACAGUGCUGGCCCCAGAGAGGCAGGGAGAAUGAGCAGAGGCAGGGUGGGACCUCCUCUUCUGACAACAACAGAGAUCUUAUGCUAGAUUUAGGGAAAGUUGUUACCUAACUAGGGUGGCAGCAGUAACUGUAUAGGUUCAGGAUUGUAUGACAGUUUUUCCAUUCUCUAGGAGGUGAAGGUGCUGUAGUGUCAUGUGUAAAGAUAGUAAACUUCCACCUGGCUUAGAGGGGGAAGGAAUUGGUUUAUUUAUAGAAUGUGUAUUACUGUUCUGAUAAAUCAUUACUUUACAGUCUGGGAUCUUUCUUGGCAGCAUCAAGCCCUCUGCUCUUUUGGUACAGUUGACAGCACAUUGGAUUGCCCUAAGUAGCCUCUGGAGUUCACGCUGGGUUUAGAAUUUGGGCAGCAGAUAGCAGAGAUGUACUUGAUUGAACUCAAAAGCGGUACCGCACCAGGAAACACAUAUUUGGAAUUGCACUUUUAAUGCUGUUCUCUAAUGCCGUGCCACAAGGUUUGAGAUGAAUGCUGCUAGAACUGGUGCAGGCCUAAUAGCCAAACUGCGGCUACUGCUGGAAUUUACAGUAGCCCUCAGAUGAGCUUGUUCAUACACUAGGUAAGAAAUGUUCAUUCCUCUUUCCCAGGGCUGCUGUUGGAGAGGCUCUUUCCUUUGCCAUCAACCUGUGCACAUAGGAUACUGAACGUUGGUCUGUUGCCAAAGACAAAAAGAGCCAAAGGGGAGAGCCCAGGUGAAAUGUUCUGCUGCUCUGCAGGGGUCUGUUCCAAUGCUUGGAUGGUCAGCUGAGAGAGGAUGUCUUAUUUGACAUGGGAGUUGCAUUGGGGUCCACACCCAGGGUAGGGCAAGCCUACGGUGUGUGACAGGAGGGCACAACUCAAGUCCUUCCGUGUGCCCAAAGGGAGAGUGGUGACUGCAGCAGGGAGCGACAGGAAGGUGUCUGCAGUCUGGUACCUAUAUGCCUGUGCCAACAGGGAGAAUAUGCUGGUCGCGUGGAGGGUGAGGGCUGCACCUCCUGAGGGUGAUAGCAGCAGCCUUGCUCCACCUCUGUGUUUGGGAGCCAGAGAAGGGACCCUGCCCUUGGGGAAGCAGCAUCCGUCCUGUACUCCUGCUAGAUCUGUGCAUGUUCUCAGUGCUGAACUCAGUGAAGUCCUAUCUGGAGGCAUAAGAACCUGCAAGAGCUUGGGGUUUCCUAUAUCUAAUAUCAUGCAUGUGUUAAAUUAGUAGUACUUUAGCUGUGUAGUUAGAAAAUACCAAGUAGAGAUGAUACGUCCUUACCCAUGCAGCCAAUAUGGCAGAGAAUCAGGGCAUGCAUAGACGAGUUUAGGCUCAGGAUGGGCUGCUGCAGAGUUCAUCCUUUGCUUUGGCCGAAAGCAUGAGAAAUUCCUGCCCAGCCAGCAUAGGGCAAUCAGAGGCACUCUCCACUUUGUACUUACUGUUUCCUUCUUUUGGAUAGCUUUUGAGUCAGUGACUGUACAAGUAAACAGCUGUCCUGGAAGUUCAGCCAUUCAAAAAAGGAGGCUUUUCUGCUGCGUGUGGUCACAGCACAAGGACAAUUCAAUUUCUCUGUUACCUUGUUUAUUUUUGUGUCCAUACAAAUGUGGAAAAGACCCAGACAUUUUAAAAUGACUCAUUUCUCUACCAAAAAAAAAAAAAAGGCAGAUUUUAUUUAAUGGGUAAAGAUAAACAUAGUAUCUUGAUGGUUUCUUUGCAGAGAUUCAGAAAUUACUGAUGACAGAGUUUCUUAUUGCUGGGAUUUUUUAUAUUUGACUUUUAUCUAUGGCCUUCAAUACAAAAUAUCACAAAUUAUGAAGUCUAUUCACUGUUAAGUUCUGUAUUUACAAGGGUUUAAAAGUACCCAGCAGACUUUUGGCUUUGUGCAGAUACUCGACACUGGUGUGAUGUUCCAGUAGCCCAGUGAUGUACCCUUAAGUAUGUAUGAAACUCAACACUGGACUACUUGACCUCUGCAGUGCUCUCUGGGUAUCUAGGACUAGUUGUGAAAUGGCAGGAUUAUUCAGGACAGCAGCUUCUUGUUGUUGUUGAAUUUGUUACUUGUGGGGAGCAAAGUUUGUAAAUUUUAGAGAUGAAGUAUGACUGAAGAAUAAUUGGCAGUCUUAUCUGCUUUAAAAUUUCCUCUCUCUUGAGCUGCUGGAUGAAGUCUGUCCAAUAAAAAUAAUUUCCUCUUAACAAUAACUGCCCGCUUCCAUUUGCUCAUGAAAAGAAGUUUUAAGUAAAUGGGACUAUACAUAAUGCUGCAUUCAUGAGCCGAUGUCAUAACCUCAUGACUUACUGAGUGUAUGAAGCCAGAGCCCAGGCAAGUAAUGACUUUUUUGAAGCUGCCAAAUCGAAGCCUUGGGGUUGGGGGAUGAAGGAUAUCAGCUUGGGUCAAACUGAAACAGCCUUUAUUCAGCAUUUUCAGUUAAAUGAAUAAACAGAAUGGCUGUGGUCAAUCCAAAACUGAACACAAAACAUGUUUGUAGAAGGUUAUAUACAUUUUUUCUUUUGGGAUUAAGUUCCAUUUUUAAAGAAUGCUGGUUUGAAAUGAAAAGUUAAAAAAUAUCCAUCCAUUAUGUUUUGGCAUGUGUGAAAUUAACUGUUUGGGGUUGGGUGUGGGCUUUUUUGGUUGAGUUUUUUGGUUGUUUUUUUUUUUAAGUUCAUACUUUAAAAAACCCCAUCCAUUAGGUUUAAGGAUGUUCAGUGAAUGCAGCUGCCCUUGGGCAGGUUCGGCUCUGAACCUGCAGCCUUGCAGUGUCAUGCAGUGACCCCAUUUCUAACAUCUGAAUUUGGCCAUUUGAGUUUCAUUUGUAUCUUCUUGUGGCAGUGCGAAAACUGGUUCAUUACAUGGAGUUGGCUACAGAUAAUCAACAUACUUUUUGCAGCAGUGCCAGACAUCGUCUUUAAAAGCACUUAAGUCUAUUAACUUGUUUACCAUGGUUAUUUAUGACCUUCCAGCCAUGUGCUGUCCAUUACUUCCUUUUCUUUUUACAUCAGCCGUCAGACUCGCUUCCCUCCCCUUUCUGUUUCUCAUUCCGUUGCAAGCCACGAGGCGAGUCUCCCUUGUUUCCCACUGAGCUCAUGCUCAGUCUGUGUUACACAUGGCAUACAGGGUGGCUAACCUACAACUUGAAGUAACUUUUAACACAGAUUUGUUAAAGAAUAUGUUAACACCACAACUGCUCAAGUACGUGGCAUACUGAAUGCCUAGCCACGGCAGGAAUCAAAGCUCCCUGCUAUGCUGUGCUUCACAAGUGACCCUCACUGUUUCUCUCUGUACUGGUUUUCUUUUAUUUGAUUUUGAAAAUGAGAAUAUGUUCAGUUUGUUGCUGUGUCAAUAUUAAGUAUAUAUUUAUUGUUUUCCAGACAUACAUACGUAUAUAUAAAUGCUAUAUAUAUAUAAUGUCAACGCAUGGACAUAUGUACAGUAGAUAUUUUAAAGAGCUAUUUAUCAAGAAAAGUAAGUGUUAUAAGUAAACAGAGUUUAUAUUUUAUAUAUUAUGUAGAUAGCAAAAAAAAAAAGUGGUUAAAUUAUAGUAGGACUUUUGGGGGCAGGGUUGGAAAAAUGGGCAAGGACUGGUUCUAGCAUUUUAAAUAGCCAAACUACUUUGUACGGAAGCUGCCUGCUGUGCCUCUCGGCUGCAAUAUCUGUUUGUUUCUUCUUCUGGAAGAUGAUGUGCAUUGUUACUUUUACAUUGCUUGGGGAAUGUAGUUAGUUUAUUCUCAGCCAACUGGUAUGUGCUGCUUAAAACAUGGUUUCCUGCUGUUCUGCAUAUUUGCAUUGAUGGAAUAAAAGGAUCUUAACUGGCAAAUAAAGACGUAAAAGGA